UUUUAUUAUUCGAACAGAUAACCAAGCCGUUAAAGAUUUUCUGAUCAAUAAAAGAAAUUGCUUAGACGGACGACGUUUAAAGUGAUGGCGGAACAUACUCCACCAAAGGAUAAAGAAGGUUGGAUCACUCUUGCUAAAAAGGCAAUCUCCAAACCAACUCCUUCACAACCACAAAAAUGGUUCGUGGUUUUUGCAGGUCACCAGCCUGGCAUAUAUGACACCUGGAAUGACUGUCACAAACAGCUUCGUUCUUAUAAUGGCUCUUGUUUUAAAGCUUAUGACACACUUAUAGAAGCCCAAACAGUUUUCUAUAAUGUGGGACAAGCUUCUCAAAAAAUGUUUUCUAAAACUCCAGAUAUUACAGAAAUUAACAAUUUCUAUGAUCCUGGACUUCCAAACAAUUUUUAUGAUGAAAUUAAUAAUGUUUGGAAAGCACAUAAACUUUGUGCAAACAAGAAAUUCAGACAACAUCUGAGUUCUCUUACAGCCCUUAUAGCAGAACAAUCCGCUAUGACGGACGAGCUUAAAAAGCUUUGCAUACAGAUCUGUCUGACUAUUGACUGGGAAAAAGAUUUUUCUCUAUCACAAAUAAAUUGUUUUCUCAAACUUGCCCAGUUAGUAGGAGAACAUGAUUUUCCACACAAUACGUUUGCAAAAAUCAAUCGUAUCUGUCUCCUUGAAAAAGCAAGAGAUAUUUUUCCUCCCGAUCUCUUUCGGAUUAUCUAUCGAAAGAUUGAAGAUCACUAUGCUACCAUUAAAAAUUAUUAUACAAUGUUUCAUGAAGAUAUCAAUACCUUUGAUAUGCUUUAUAAUGGUAAACGAGUCCCUAAGCUUACCUUCUUUAUCAUUCCUGGCAUAGACUGGUCCAUGGAACCCAUCGAUUGGGGAUUGGUAAACAAAAUUACUUUUUCUUCCCAUGAUUCUUAUCAUUUUUUCCCCGCCAUGAUAAAAUCCAUGAUUUACAAAGUAAGCAAACACUGGCAAUAUAGUCGCCAUCUUACUUUUUGGAUUUCCAGUUCCAUUGGAAGUUACGAAAAAACUCGUUUCUUUCAGCCCUAUCAAAUAUGGUACCUCAAACUCACCGCACAUGAUGAGUACGAGCAUAACCGUCUCCUCAAUUCAGAAGAACUUGCUAACAGAAUUGUUCCUUAUUAUUUCGAAAUUCACAGUUUCUUACAUCUCCAAGACACUGCUCGACGUUUUCUUGAUGGCUCUUAUUAUAAUCAAGAACCCAUAUUUUAUUGUUGUGACGCACGCAGACUCUUUGUCACUACAAUCACUUGUUAUUAUGGUGAUGAGAUGAAUGGUGAACACCAGAUUCAGACUGCUACAGCAUUUUUAAAAGAAAUCGUUAGCAUGACUACACUGGAUAUCCCCUCUCGUGUCAAAGACGGGGCUGAACGCCUCAAUCUUGAAUGGGAUAUUGCCGAUGCACAGUCGCCUGCCAGUACUCCUCCUCUUGAUGAAUAUGAACUCCAUAAUAUCAUUAAUGCAAUGGAAGGAUAA